GACAAUAGCCAAAUCUUAUCAAUGGUUCCGAACCCAAGGGAUGAAGGAUGAACCAUGGCAGAGGUUUUAUCUUGAAUUUCAAGUCUUCCCCACCAUUUGUGCUGUACCUCAUUGUGAACUUGUCAGAUGGUGGGUCGCGUCUCGUUUUUCUUUUCUAACAUACAUGCUUGAAUAUAUCAAUCUAUUGAUGAUCGAAACAUACGGGCCGAAAUCUAUCCAAAUUAAGAACCUUAUUGAUAAAGCACAGGCAAAAUCAUAUCAGCUUCAGUUUCCCAAUAGGAUUUUUAAAAUAUACCACUCAAGGCUAAUUGCGCUGCAUUUUAAGCAGGAAUACUUCAUGUGUGAGGUAGCCGUGUAAGACACGACAUUUACACUAGAAAACAGGGCGCAAGGUAAGCAAUCACAUUCGUAUUUAUGAAAGUGGUCGACAAACAACUGAAAGAGGACGUGUGUUCUAAUGUGCGGAUACACUGGAAGCGCGGCUGGAAGCGCAUGCGCGAUGAGACACCGGCGUUUCCCUGAAGAUAGGCUUAGGAGGGAGACAGAGACGCUGGAAUAAAUAGAUAAGUAAGCAAAUAAAUAAAUGCAUUCCAGAAGGCUGCACAUCUCAGUGGCAGCCGUGGGAUGGAGCAGUACGCGUGAUCUCCGGGGAGCAGGUUUAAGGCAAGUCAAACCGUGUGCUCAACGGUUUCGUGGUUUCCUUCGGCAAUUUUAGAGGGUUUCAGUUUCCUUUCUUUAAUCUUUUUUCCCCCCAUGACCUCCACUUUAGUUUCCACUGUUAACCUUAUUAAGAAAGAAGGCUACUCCCGUCACUUUUUAUACACCGAUGCACGGCGAGGAUAAGGAAAGAGGAGAGUUGAAAAAUGUGACAAAGGAUUACCGGCGAGGUAUUCGGAUGGAAAGAGCCACGCAAACGGCGUCCCUAAGCCCGCCUGCUCGGAACUGGCUUCUACUGCACGGAGCGGCGCUCUCUUCUGCCUGUUGGCUUCGGCCGCCCCUGAUCUGAUGAGAAGGGGCACAGCGUGGGCAUCAGCUGAACCAAGAAAUUUGCUCUUCGAAGCCACCGGGGACUCCACAGGAUUAUCAGCAGUAACCACAGGAUGCAGUAGUAAGCUGCAAUGACAGCGAGCACCACCUUCUGGUUCCUGGAACAAUACCUUCACCUGUACUAGGAUGCUUGCUCUGGACCAGACCCACCCAAUUGUUUCUCCUUUUGCACGGCUCACUGCCCACCAGCCCAAUCGCGCCUUCAGGCUCCACCAUGAAUGAUGAGCAGAUCCUCAACAGCAACGCACUGGCCUGGCUGGUCUGCUCAGGCGUCUCAAUCCUGGCCAAUACCUGGGGGAUACUGAGUGUGAGCGCCAAACAAAAGAAAUGGAAGCCCUUGGAAUUCCUAAUUUGCACAUUGGCUGGCACACAUAUCCUGAACAUGGGCAUUCCCAUCACAAUGUAUUCCGUCAUCCAGCUACGACGGCAGCACUCAGACUAUGAGUGGAACGAGGGUCUCUGCAAGGUGUUUGUAUCCACCUUUUACACUUUGACACUUGUCACAUGCUUCUCUGUUACUUCUCUGUCCUAUCAUCGCAUGUGGAUGGUCCGUUGGCCUGUCAAUUACAGGUUAAGUAAUACAAAGAAGCAAGCAGUUCACACAGUGAUGGGCAUAUGGAUGGUCUCUUUCAUUUUGUCUACACUACCAGCUGUGGGAUGGCAUGACACCACAGAGCGCUUUUAUGCUCGGGACUGCCGUUUCAUUGUCACUGAGAUAGGCCUGGGUUUUGGAGUGUGCUUCUUGCUCCUGAUUAGUGGGAGUGUCAUCAUGGGAGUAGUUUGCAUUGGCAUUGCCCUUUUUCAGACUUUUUCAAUCCAGACUGGACACAAUAUUGAUAAGAAUAAGUUUAAUGUCCCAACAAUAGUUGUGGAGGAUGCUCAGGGGAAGCGAAGAUCAUCCAUUGACGGUUCAGAACCCAUCAAGACCUCUCUCCAAAUCACUUAUUUAAUCAGUGGAAUAGUUUUUAUCUAUGAUUUUUUAACUGGAUUCCCAAUUUUGGUGGUGAGCUUUGCCAGUCUGAAGUACGACCGCUCCUACAGCUGGAUGGUCCUCUGUGUGCUCUGGUGCUCCAUUGCUCAGUCCAUCUUACUCCCGAUGUUCUUGUGGGCCUGUGACCGCUACAGGGCCGAUGUCAGGAUGGUCUGGGAGAAGUGUGUCGCCAUAAUGUCCAAUGAUGAUGUUGAUGACGAAAACAGCCAGGAUGGAGGAAUUCAUCCGGAGUUAAUUUAUGACAGACCAUAUGACUAUAGCUGCGCGGCGGAUAUUGUGACGGUAGACCGUAUUGCCAAGUAUGAAUUCUCCGCCCUAGAAAGGGGCGUCUCCCAGAUUUACCCAAUGAGACAACUGCAGGAAGAUAAAAUGCAGUAUCUGCAGGUGCCUCCUACCAGAAGAUACUCCCACGACGAAACCGACAUGUGGAACAGCGGCCAGAUCCCAGCCUACCUCCACCGCUGGGGGUCCACCGAGAACAUCGUUGGGAUCCCACAUUACAGCUCUCCUCAGCACGAGAGACGGAGAAGCAGCCUGGUCUCUUACCACGAGGAGAACCUAUCAUACCACAAGAGGAGGAAAUCAGAAGAGAGCGUGCUAUCUUUGAAGCAGCUCCCCCGAGAGGAGCGCUACGAGGACGACCUGAGGUGUUUCAGCCGGGACGAGGUGGUCAACUUUAUCGAUGAGACACCACUACCUAGCCCCAUGAAAAGCCCUCUGCGCUCUUCUUCCAUUUCCCUCAUCCCAGAUAUCUAUGAGCAGCGUGCUGGACUAUACCCUCACUUUCCGUUGACCGAUUUCGAAAGGGAACCACAAGUCCUGCGCCGGCUGACAGAGCAGGGGAAAGGGCGUUUGGCUGCCGGGGCGGUGUCUGAAGUGUCAAAGAGUAAUGAGACAGCAUUGUGUUCUGGGGGCAAUGGUACGGCAAUUGCUGGCAGCAGUGUUAGGGACCCACAGAACACCCAACAGUCAGCCCCACUGCCCUGUAGCACUCUGCGUACUGGCGAUCAUUUUGCUGGGAGGUUACGGACAGGUCUCAGUGGGAGCAGUAGCUGGGGUGAUCAGGACAAACUGAGCAAAGUCGAGAGUCGGGGCAGUACAAACAGUUUCUUGAGCUCCCCUUCGGCCUCUUCUGGCUACAUCACCUUCCAUUCAGACUCCAUUGGAUCAGCAUCUUAGGCAAAACUGUGCUGCUCUCCAGCCAAUAGCCUUCUUCCACUGAGUGUGGAAUGUUAAUAGCAUUUUAUUGUUAUUUCCUUUUUUGUAUCAUGUAAAAGGUUUAUCAACAUGGAGCUUCUUUGCGAGCACCAAAGAUGAUAUUUUUUGUCAAUUUUGUUGAAUACAAAAACUUUUUUUAAAAAAAAAAGGAAAGAAAGAAAAUAAACAAAAAGAGGAUAUGAUACUUGGUGGCUUUUCGAUUGUUUUUCUUCGUACCAGCUCAGAUAGACCCAGAGGAAGGUGUAUUUUUACUCAAAAGGCAUUAUAAGAAGUAGACGUCUUUUCCACUCCUACUUUGGAAAACUUAACUGGAGGCAAUAAUUUCCUGGGUAUAUUUUAGAAAAUAGAUAGAUAGAUACUUCACUUUGAAAGCUCAGUUCUGGUGGCAGACCAGCAAUCAGAUAGAAUUCUUUUUAUUACCACAGUUAUUCUUAAGAAUUUUAUGGAUUUUGUAUUCCUGGGCUGGAAGACCAAAGCCAUAUUUAACUUAUGCGUUGUUUGGGCCCAUAUGACAAGAAAAUAUAUUUUCAAUAUAUUUUUUAUAUAUAUGGGACAUACUUUCUUAAUAUAUAAAGGGUGAAAAUAAAUAAAUACAAGAAAAAGGUACAGCUUCAAAGUUGUGUCGUAAUUUGUGUUUUAAAUAUAUGGCGCAUAUGUUCAGUUCUGUUUAUGCUUUCUUGUUAUUACAUACCAUGAAAAAUAUGUUGCUUAUAAAUAAAUAAACAUAUACAAGUAUAAUAUUUAAUUUCAUUCUGAUUUAAGGAACUGAUUAUGAAAACUUUUCAUAAAAGUGAAGUUUUUUUUGUUUGUUUUUUUUUUAUAGGCCAGGGGCUUUAGAUGGUUUACUUGUCUUUAUUUCUUGUUGUUGAUGUUCCUUAUCUAUACCCUCUCUGAGUGUCCCUUGAGCACUGUAGUGCUAACAGCUUGUGCUUCUUGUGAAUGGAAGCCAUCAAGUGCCCGUUUUGGAUAAAAGAUCUAGAAUUUCUACUUCUUGCCUCCCUUUUUAGUCGUAAAAGUGUCUUGUUUUACUUUGCUGAUUUUCACUAAGCUAGUUUUCCCUUCACUUUGCUUAUUUUGUGUGUUUAUUUAGGUAUUCUGUUUUUGUUAAUUUUCUACAGUUCUUUUUGUGUUUCAAUGUUUUUACACAUGCUUAUUUUUUCCUUUUUAUAUUUCUGUUGUUGGAUGGCUCUUGGGUUAAGCUGCCUUCUAAUUAAGAUCAGUGUUUUUUGCCUACUGAAUUCAAUCUAUUUUUAUAUAUUGCAGACUUUUAGAGCCUGAACACAAAGCCCUUUAUGGAUUUGCAUAUAAGAAACUAACAGUAAAAUAUAAAGCACCAUGUCACAUAUCCAUUAACCUAAGCACAUCCAUAUAGAGAUUAACAGAUAAAAGAAAAACAUAAAAUUAUUUUAAAGUUGUAUAGUCCUUUAAAUUAGAGACUCGUAAUUCUGAUCGUAAUAAAGUCAUUAGAGAAAAGCUUAGCUUGAUAUACCUCCUUGGAAAAAUAAAUUUCAGGUGGAACCAAUGUUCUCGAAGAAAAAUAACAUCCUAAUCCAACUAACUAAGGCCAACUAGCCAUCCAGCCUUAAUGUAAUAUAAUUCAAUGUAUUCAUAAUUCUUAAAGAAUCCUAAAAGACAACAGGUUAAUAAAAGCUAUUCAUGAUGAUUGCCAUUAGUGACGAGCAAAACAGCUGAGUUUCGUGUUGCAUGCAGUUUUGUGAAAAUUACACUAAAAUCCAUUUUGCAUGCAAUUUCUCAAUCGUGAAACAAGAUCAUUUUUAAAAAGAAUUUUUGAGGAGCAUUUUUUUUUUUUUUUUUUUGGGGUGGGUGGAAAACAAGGAACGUUGCUCCCCAAAGCCUCAUUCACACUUCUGAGUUCACCUGUCUUUUUUCUACAUUUGCAUAAUGCAGGUAAUCCACAAUACACCAGUAAAACCAAAUAUAUUUCAUGGCUGUAAUUUACAUUGCACUGCAGAGGAGUGCAGGAUUUUGUUUUUAAUCUGACAAACUGAAUAUUUUUUGCAUGAAGGCCCACCAAAAAAGCACCAUUGUAUGCAUUACUGUGUUUUGUCUGCACUAUACAGGAAGUCACCACCGGCUGUUACCUAGCAGCUGUCCUUUUCAAUUUCCUGACUCCUGCAGGUGAGGCAGAGCAUAUUCAUGAUCCAGGCGCUAUAAAGGAAUGUACCAGGGAUUGUUUCUGUCUCUGUAUUGAACACAUUCCAGUAACCAAGAACGUCAUCAUAAAUGACAAAGCAGGUACCAUUCUGCCGGAACAACUACAACAUGUACGUCAUGUCUACAUGUGACAGGAAAUAAGUCCAGCUAUUCUUUUUUUACUAGGGAGAUUUAUUAAGCACUAUGUCUGAAUCUGUCAAAUAUCUGAAUAGAUGGUGCCUCUGUCGUGUAUUUGUAGCAGUAAGAGGUACUGAAAGCAAGACUGUUAUGUUAACAAUAAAUUCCCAACUCAGGUCAGACUAGAUCAGUUUUCUCAUAUUAUUUUCUCAACACUGUUAGCUUAAAGUGGCAAUUUGUCACUGUUGUGGGUGUUGAUGGACCCCUUAUCCUAUUUAAUCAUGUUGAAUUCUCACACCAGAUAUCUGAUCUGCUACACAGACACAAUGCUUCCCUGGCAAAUUAAACACAUUUUCACAUAUUUACUGUUUUUAUUCCUCGUACUCACUGCUUAUUCAAUGAGGAUGAAGAGUUUUGUUUUGAGUAAACAUUUCACAAAGAGAAAAAUCACUUAGUUUCUUGCACUUUUAUCACAUUAACACAGGCUACCCAAAAAUAUCUCAUUCAAUAAAUUUUCCAAAUCCCUUGACUCCUGUGACAAUAAAGAUAAAAGGCUUAAUUUGGAACACAAGCAGAGAUAAUACCGAGCACAAAGGUGUUCAUUGAAUUUCUAAGCACUAGAAACACAGGUUAUCCAUCCAGCAGAGUAACAGGGAAUUGUAGUUUAACCUGGCACCACGGGACACAAUACUGAACAAAGUGGCACACUCACAUCUCCAACCACACUCUUUCAUAUGUGACCCAUUUAAAGUCACCAAUUAAUUACACAUAUGUCUUUGAAGUAUGGAAAACAAGAAGAGCUUGGUAUGGGAUGUGCAUACUCUACAGGGCAACAGAACUAUGAGGAAGCAUUACUGACAAACUGUGCUUGGGUUUGGGCUCUCCAUGAUUUGUUCUGACUCUAACACAACACAACCAAUACUUAAGAUAUGAUAGUACUCACUGCGCAUGCCAGUCCUCCAAAUCUAUCAUUUCUUUUUCUUUUUUUUUCUUUUCUCCUAUGCAGAGAUCAAACUGGGCGGCAUAGUGACUGGUAGUAAGGAGAAAGAGGCUAAUCUAAUAAAAAUAGCAAUUUGUCAUAUAAAUGAAUUUAUCAGUCUUAAUCAAAAUCAUCAAUUUUAUCAGUAGACCUUCCAAUAUGGAAUAUCUCUCUGUGUUAACACAAUUCUGCAGUUACCUUUUAAUUGAUGAAGCCACUUGUUGCCUGUUUAUUAUUCUGUAAAAAGCAGCCCUGUUUUAAGAUUUGUAAAUCAGAAUGAUAAGGUUUUCAUUACAAGUUACAAAUAUUACAAGUAUAGAAGAAAUAUGCAGAUCCUGCCUCAAUUAAGUCAAUUAUUUGGCUUGAGAUCUGCAGUCAGGCUGAGCCCCAGAAACCCAAUUAUGAUGAAGGCCACUGACAUCCAUGAUGCUGCAAAAGCCCCCAUUUCUUUUUUAACUGUUAAUUGGACUCCAUUUCCUAUAUCAAUCAGUUGGCAUAUUAUCUAAAAAAAGUACAUAGCUAUUAAGUGGAUCUACUGGCUUUGUUUAAGGCCUUUACUGUUCACAACGUCCUUUGCUAUUUUCCCAUUGAAUUCUGUAUGGUACUGGUUUCUCUGUAGACAUUAUUUCAGCACGUUAAUGUAUUUCUGAUUGCGCAUUUUGUCUCAGGAUGUCUGUUCUAAAGCAAGUGUAUUUUCAGUCCUGUAUCCACAUUAAAACAGUUCAAUCAGCCCAAAAGUGCUGUAAGCUACUCAGUUAUACUGUAAAUGAGUAUUGGAUGGCUUCCAAGAUGCCUAAUCAACCCAAAAAGGAACCUCACAGGAAGAGCUUUACUUCAUGAAGGUUCCAUUAAUGGCAUCAUUUUCCACUACAUCCUUGUCGGCAGAUUGUACCCCUAGUCCAGCUUCACUGUGGGCCAAGCAGCAAUCAAGAACUGUUUUCUAAAUAUUUCAAUCUUCAGUAAUUACUUGUUUUCCUUUUGUUAACUCUCAAUAUUCCCUUGUUAAAAGUUUUCUGACCACCAUGCUCCUGUAACAUAAGAAUGAAGCCCUUUCAUUAAAAACAAACUCCAGAUGUGUGCCCACUUUAAUUCCCCUCUGUAUUUUACCAUGUUUUAUUUACUCUUCCUGGCUAGAUCUAUAUUGCCAUAGGCGUCCUUUAUUUUGUGCUACAGCAAAUAGAAAAUGUUUCCCAACAUUUUAAUAUGACUGUGCAUUUUAAUCAUUUUUAAGGUCUUCAUUUUUGUCUCCAACAAUAAUAUUUCUACCUAAAACACUGUGGAGUCUUACCCUAACAGACGUUUUCCUUGCUUUCUCAGACAUCCAAUUGAACACUCACUUGCAAAUUCCCUGCUUUGUCAAAGACACCUUGAAUUAAGAGAUUUACAGAAGGAAGCAAACACAGGCUUGCCCCUUCCUGUGUUAGUCUGUUUCUUUAUUUGAAAAACAGAAGUGCUAAUGAUUCCCACUCUUGGAGAUCAUCAGAUCAGUAUAAACCUGUUCAACAAUAAAGUUCCCAUAAUCUGAAAUCUAUUCUUAAUCUUCUCUUUAUGAACCUAGAGAGCCAAUGACAUCCCUUAGGAAUCAACAACUCAGCAAGCUUCAAAAGCUGUGCUUUGGCAAUUGGAAAACUUGAGGAUAUCUUUGGGGAGCUUGAUCUUCAUGUUACACACUCAGGAUGUGAAUUUAAGCAAAACACUAGAUGCUUUUUAAAUUAAAAAGAAAACUGUACAUUGUGUUUUUAUAAUAAAAUGCCCUAAAGGUGUUAUUUUUUGAAUGAAUGUGUUAUGUGCCAUAAGAAUGUUUUUACAGUAUUAUUUGAAAAACACUGUAAACAUUAACAUUCUUUGAAGGGGUCCUACAUGAGUGACUGAUCAUUUGAUGCACCCUGCCCUAUGAUGUUUUAUUCUUAAAAUUUUGUUCACUGAUAAUUUUGCUAUCAAAAAAAAUGAAUCAGCUGUUAAAAACUAAAAAAGAAGCUUGUUUAAACUGAUCUUUGUGUAUUUCUGCAUUUGUAACAUAUGGUGUCAUCCUUUUUGGUGAUGUUUUAAUGCCUUGCGAAAAUGGACAUUUCUGGGUCCAGUGAAAUUUGUUUUAAAGGAUAAUAUUAAAAAGAGGUUUGCUCACAACUCCAUUUCUUAUUGGUGGUACACAGAUAUGGAGAAUGUUUAAGGUUCUGUUCUCUAACGAACAAAAAAUAAAGAAGCUGCUUAAAAAC